UUUCCAAUAUAGGUAGUGUAUGAUUGUUCUGUAAGUAGGAAAUUAACGGAACUUCGGGAAAACCAGUUUUGAAUGUUUUUUGAGCGGGAGAUCUUUGGUGGGCAUGCAAAGAUGUUGGUGUUGACGCAGAUUGGAUGAACGAUGCGGCUCGCUUGAUGAAGAGGAAGAGGAAAAAUUGAUUGAUCUCUGGGUGAGGGCUCGACAGGGAUCUGUGGCUUGACUGAAGGUGUUUUCUGGUUCGGCUGCCCUCGUUGCUCUAAUGGUAAGGUGAAAGAUUUUGCUUUGAAUCCGGGUUUUUUUCCGCUCUCCCGAUUCUGCACAAGCUGUAGUUUCUUCUACGGAAGAAUGUCCUGCCUUUCCCUCUGUUGUGAGCCCUGAGGUUAAGGCUCACUCUUCCAGGGCUGGGGUUGUUGUUUCUGGUGCUCAAAGGGUUUCAGAGUUGCUCAAUGCUGCACUGAUGAUUGGGUUUUCUGCAGGCAGCAAUCCUUAUCCUUCUACCCAGACUCUGUUUCGGCGUUGUGCAUGGUGAUGGCGUGAGGGAGAAGGUGCAUAGUGGUUAGGGUUUUGGGGCAGAUUGGCUGCUGCUGUGAGGGAUCUUACAAGGAUGUUGUGUUGUGCUUAAUUGGAAUGGAUUCCCCUGCUCUGAUUCAAUCUCUGUAUUCUGUGUUGUCUUUGGUAGUUGGGGCUGGGGAAGCUGAGCAGUCCUUUGUUUUGUUCGGCUGUUCUGAGCUUCAAAGGUCAAUGUUGUCAACAAGAAGAGUAAGGAUUGGGUGCUAAAGGUCCUCGUGUCAUUGUGGAUUGUUUGAUUUCCAGGGUUGAGAAUACACUCACUGGUAAUUUUUUUGGGGUUAGGUCUAGUGCUGAAUUUUUUCAGAAAUUGGGCAAAGAGAGUGAAAGCUUCAUGGUUUGUUGGCGAUUUCAGUGUUGGCAAAAUUGCUUCUUUUUAAUUCAUACCCUAGUUGGAGGCCUGUGCGUUUCUUGGCAGCUUUAGUCUAUUUCUUAAAAGGUGGACCCUAGGCUUUGAUUUGGAGAAGAAAAGCAUCAAAAGUGUUCCAGUUUGGGUUAGACAAUCUGGUUAACUAUUAUAGUUCUGAGAAGACGUCUAGUCUUGUAUUGCUAGCUCUUUUAGCGAACUCAUUGUUUUAGGUUUGAUGACCAAAUCUGGAAAAUACUCAGUUUGAUGUAGGACCUCCAGAAGAUGACAGUCACAUGAAGCAAAAGGUUUAGGAGGAGUCUUCUACUCAGGUUGUGGAAGAACUUCUUAUAGGAUAAUCUUGGGACUGGUUGGAUCUCCUGUGGACAAAAUUAAUUUGAUGUUAUUUUUCUUUUCAGUGCAGAUUUCAUCAUCAUGGGUCAAUAUUGUUAGGAAGAGUGUGGAUGAGGACUGAGUUCUUUCUAAUUCUCUCAAUCCUACAUUUAUAUGUUGACAUUUGAAGAAAAUAAGAUGGUGGUUUAAGACAAGAAGUAUAAUGAGAAGUUUACCAUAAAUAAGGUGGUGGGUAGGAUUCAAGUGUUGAAAUUUUUCUGGAUUCAAGUCAUUUUGACCUGUUUCUAUCAAUGUAUUUGGACAAUAUGUCUUGUCUGUUUUAUCCUUAUUCUUAUGGGAAGGCUAUUAUUUUUUUGGUUGUCUUUGUAGUUACAUGACAUCUAUGUUAGAUCUUUAGGUGGGACCCCUUUCAAAACCCUUCUUUCCAGUUCAUAAUUCUGAUAAAAAACAUUUGACAACAAAAAUAAAUAAAUUAUAUUCAAAUAUUUAGUUCAAUAGAUUAUUAUAUAAUAAAUAAUUUAAAUAUAAUAAUUUUUUUUUUUGACAAGUUUAUAUUUAGGUUUAGAAAGCAUAAAAUAAUCCUUGAAUAUCAUGGUUGUGAAGAAAUCAGUUUGAUGGGAGAUGGAUACCUCAAAAGUUCACUUUAAUACUUACAUCUCUGCAAAGUAGUGUGACAGAAGAUUUAGCUUUCACUUUUUCAAAUUGAAAUUGCGACAAUCUUGCCGGAGAAAACGGUGCUUCAGAGCGAGCCCAUCUACAAGAAGCCGCGGAUCAACAUUUUAAAAACCUUCUAACUUGGCAACCAAGGGAUCGCCCAACUAGAGAACUACGAAAUGUGCUUACAGUUCGUCAAAAUCGGUCUGCCCAUAAGCGAAGGGAGUGCGUCAAGUUCAUCAGAGGAAUCAUUAAGCUCCAAGUACGAGAUCGCCCUGAAAAGAGAAUCGCUUGAGGAAUUCUCCAAUGAAGUUCACAGGACAAUUGAUCAUACUUUAUCUCAGUCCAGUUGUGAUGGCAAGAACUUCCUGGGAGAUCUUAUUUUGCACGAUGAGGAUUAUGUUAACACCCAUGUCCUUCCACACUACAUCAGUGAACCGGAGCUACAAAAAUUGCUAUCACAUUAUUUCAGCAAUACCCAGAAUGCUUUUGAGCUCUGUGCCCUUCUCCUCAAAUGUACCCACCGCGCUAGGAUGAACUACAGAACCAUUCAAGAUGUUAUAGGUCUCAUGCCAACAUCUGCAAAUUUUGAUUUUCAGUCAGAAGAAUGCCGUCGCAUUAACUCAGAAUUCAUGUUGUUUGUUGAGCAGGAAAACCCAUUUGGGCAAGCUUCUGAUUUUGAAGUCAUGUGUGAUUCUUUGGAGAAAUUGCAUCAAUUGCUGGAGUUGAGGCGUGAAAACAAGUUUGAUUCUGUUAGGGAUGCAGAAAAACAGAGGGCACAGCUGGAUGCCGCCGCCAGGUGGAUUUACGUGUUGAAAAAUCACCUGAGAACCACCAGAAUGCUGGUUGCUCGGUUGUAUGAUGAAGUAGAGCACAGUAAAACUUUAAUGAGGAUUUACCAUGCGAGAGAAAAUGAUGUUUACCCCCUUCAACAGGUGGGAAGGCUUUUGGAGAAAAAUGAUAGUAAGUUUGGACAGAGGUUGAAUGAGAUUGAAGAGCAGGGCUGUUUGUGUUUGCACAACAUUAACAGAGCAAGGGAGUUGCUGCUUCAUCAAAUCCACCAUUAACCUCCCAAACCUAUGUCUGCACUUUUCUCAUUUGAUUAAAUUUCAGAUUAAUCUCAUAUUUUCUUUAA